GUGCAUAAGGGGAUUUUAAAAGAAAUUAAGGGGGUCUUUAUGGACAGCACAAUAUUGAACAGAAUAGGAAGAAGACUUGAGCCAGACGACAGAAUAAAAGAUGGAAGCACUGCUUUGAAAGAAUUACUAGAGAGUAAAGAGAUUAAAAAGAUUAUUAAAGAAAAGUCAAAGACUACCUUGGAGAAGAUCCAGAAAGAGAAUAUUUAUUACAAAAAGUACAGAGGCUUAAAUAUAAAUAAAGCAAAAAAACCGCUUGAGGAGUUGCUGCAGCUAAAGGAGCAGCCCAUUAAUAACUCGUCGAUCAUUCAGGAGAGAAAGACGAGGCUGGAAUUCGAGUUUAAAAAACUCAACAUAAGGAAGAGAAGAUAA